GCAAAACGGAAAAAAACGAAAAAACGCCACCUGCUGGAAACCACAAAUGUUGUACCAGUUAACCCUCUCGCGUUGCCUCUUCCUCUCUGGUUUAGUUCUCCAACAUAACAUCAAAUCAUAACCCGGACAGAUAGCUCUAAAUUCGGUAUCGCUUUCCUCACCUACUGAUAUGAAAUUGCUAUUCCGACUAUGUACAUAAUAUUUUGAUAUACAUUUGUCCAACGAGGUAGAGGCUAGUCUGAUGAGGGGGCUCUCCAGAAAGGCAGGAUGCAACAGAACAGGAACAUCCAGAUCAUUGAAUGGGAGGACCUGGACAAGAGGAAGUUCUACUCCUUCGGGGUAUUCAUGACCAUGACCAUCCGGGCCACCGUCUACCCGGCCACCCUCAUCCGCACCAGGCUGCAAGUGCAGAAGGGUAAGUCGCUCUACAACGGGACCUUCGAUGCCUUCUUCAAGAUCCUGCGGGCCGAGGGCGUGCGGGGCCUCUACCGCGGCUUCAUGGUCAACACCUUCACUCUCAUAUCGGGCCAGGCUUACAUCACCACCUACGAGCUGGUGAGGAAAUACGUCUCCAACUAUUCCAAGGACAAUACCGUCAAGUCUCUGGUGGCAGGUGGCGUGGCGUCCCUGGUCGCACAAACCAUCACUGUCCCCAUAGACGUGAUUUCCCAGCAGCUGAUGAUGCAGGGCCAAGGGAAGCACCUGACUCGCUUCCGGGUCAAGGUCAAAACGGAGGCUGACGGGAAGACAAAAAUGGCAUUUGGCCAAACCAGGAACAUGAUUGCUCAGAUCUUUGCGGCCGACGUUCGAGGCUUCUACAGGGGAUAUGUGGCCUCCCUUCUAACAUACAUCCCAAACAGCGCGGUCUGGUGGCCUUUUUAUCACUUUUACGCAGAACAGCUAUCCAAAAUGGCGCCCAGUGACUGCCCUCAUCUACUACUCCAAGCCAUGGCCGGACCACUAGCUGCUGCGACUGCUUCCACUGUCACCAACCCCAUGGAUGUGGUCAGAGCUAGAGUGCAGGUUGAAGGCAGGACCUCCGUCAUCGAGACUUUCAGGAACCUGCUGGCAGAGGAGGGAUUCUGGGGGAUGACCAAAGGGCUGUCUGCACGCAUCAUAUCCUCCAUUCCCACCGCCAUCGUUAUGGUCGUGGGCUACGAAACCCUCAAGAGAGUGAGCCUGAGACCGGAGCUGGUCGACUCCAGACACUGGUAGAGGACAUUAGCACCCAAUUCCAAAUCGACCCCUAUCCCAAACCCUCUAUGCCCAGGUUAGGAUAGGUUUUACCAAUAUGGAAAUGGCUACAAAUUUCUCACUUGAAUUUUCACCACAUUGUCUAUACAAUCAUAGGGGUUAGGGACACAGAUGAAUUUGGGAUUAGAAAUGGUUGGUGUGGCCCUGAUUCCAAUUUGGCCCCUAGAGCUCCCCUGACCUCACCGCUACAUAGGUGAUAGCAAUAGAGCACAAUAUUGGCCCAGGGACUGAAAUGGAACUGGGCCAACAAGCUCUGCCUGCUUCUAUUCCUUAAUGGCUUCCUUGUCCUUAUCAUUUUGUUUGCCUUUUAAAUUACUGCUGCCUUUUAGUGGGGAUUUUUAUCUUAAAUUGUAAGUGAAUGAAUGAGCAGUAGUUUGAGAUUUGAUGACAUUACAAUGUGUAAUUUGUGACCGGUGCUGAGCGAUUAACCGAAAUGUUGGUUAUUUUUCUAAGCAACUAAUUGACCAAUGUCUGUUGAAUUCCAUUUAGUUGUUUUUUUGUCUGAGCACUAUGCACAGAUUUUCUAGCGAUAAAUCAGAUUAAGCCCAAACUGUGAAAUGGAGUUGUAGUUUCCAUAAAAACAUGCCUUGUUUACUUUGAAGAACUACUCAAAUAGUGAUUUUGUCAGACAGCAGGGCAGCAGCUCUGUAAAGAUGACAUGACUUGGAAUGAAAUAAAGACAUCAAAUAGGCUUAAAACAAAUGAAAUAUUGAAUUAAAGUCGUGAAUAAAUGAUGCUUAAUAAGUGAUAAGCUGUAAUGGGCUGUCACUACUGUCAUGGGACUUUUAAUUGUUUUAUUCUGUGUUAUAGUAUUCAAACCACAUAAUGCGCAGUGCAUUUAAUGUAAAAAAUGAAAGAAAACGUCAUUUAAAAAAAAAAAAUCAAACCAAACCGACCUCAAAAAGUAAUCGCUCAGCACUAGUUGGUUCCUUCGGUAUAAACACUGGACUGAUCCAUCACUUCUAAUGUAUUUCUACUGUCUUAGCAAUAGGAUAGAUGCUCUUACAUCUGUUUAUAGCUGCCCUCUGUAGCCUUUAUCAGGUUUAGUUCUAGGAGGUAGCAACAGCAAAUUGCAUACACAAGUUCAGCUCAAAAACACAGGACAAAACAACCAAUUAGAGCACAUGUUCCUUUUCUUCUUUGACUUUUCACUUGCAAAGACCCUCCCGUUUAGUCCUCCCAACCUAAUCUCGUCCACCCAGCCAGCUCUCUAGCAAUUGAGCCUGGGGUCGGACAAGGUUACUCCCAGCACAAAAUAAAGUAGCUGGUAAAUGAUAGAAUGAUUAUAUUAGAAGUAGUACAUAUAACUUUGGGGUGUUUAGGGCAGCCAUCUUAUUGUGAAUUAAAGAAAUAUGUGAUGUGAUCCUGUAAAUGAUACUGUUAAAGCACCUUGUUUCCAAUUGUCUUCAGCUCAACUCCAAUAUUCAAUAUUUUGACCCUGGUAUUUACCGUUGCUGCUGUGCCAAUAUUAGCAAUAUUCAACUAAUGUUGUACUGAACAAUUGUUGGCCAAUUGUGAAAUGCUAACUGUUGUAGUUUAAAAUGUUCAGUAAAUGACUUUUCUGAUGAUUUCAGGGUUGGUACUUUGGGAGGGAUUUGUUGUUAGUGUGCUGGACCACCAGUGAAGUGCUCUUUAAAGGAAGCCAUGUGAGAUGAGGACUCCAGGCAGAGAACAAGAUGAGGCAUGUCCCUUUGUGUAUUGUGGCAGUAAACCUCUGAGUGCAAUCUAUGUAUUAACUUAAUCACUUCCAGCUCAAACGUGUGGUUGCACAAUGUACAUUUCUUUGAAUUUGUCAAUAUAUUAUUGUCUUAAAAGAAAAUGUUCUGAAGUUAUUUAUUGGAGAAAAAAAUGUAUUUGAAUAUUUCUCUGGACAAUAGCAAAGGUUCAAACGAUACUGAAAAAAAAUAUAAACGCAACAAUUUCAAAGAUUUUACUGAGUGACGUGACUGGAAAUACAGAUAUGCAUCUGUUGGUCACAUAUACCUUAAAAUAAAUGGGUCUCGCAAUGUGCCUCAGGAUCUCGUCAUGGUAUUUCUGUGUAUUCAAAUUGCCAUCGAUCAAAUGCAAUUGUGUUCGUUGUCCGUACCUUAUGCCUGCCCAUACCAUAACCUCACCACCACCAUGGGGCACUCUGUUCAUAACGUUGACAUCAGCAAACUGCUCACCGACAUGACGCCAUACACGUGGUCUGCGGUUGUGAGGCCAAUUGGACGUACUGCCAAAUUCUCUAAAACGAUGAAGGUUUUUGGUAGAGAAAUUAACAUUAAAGUCUCUGGCAACAGCUCUGGUGGACAUUGCUGUCAGCAGGCCAAGUACACACUCCCUCAACUUGAGACAUCUGUGGCAUUGUGUUGUGUGACAAAAUGGCACAUUUUAUAGUGGCCUUUUAUUUUCACCAGCACAAGGUGCACCUGUGUAAUGAUCAUGCUGUUUAAUCAGCUUCAUGAUAUGGCACACCUGUCAGGUGGAUGGAUUAUCUUGGCAAAGCAGAAAUGCUCACUAACUGGGAUGUAAAGAAAUGUGUGCAAAACAUUUUAAAGAAAUAAGCUUUUUGGGCAUAUGAAAUGGGAGCAACACUUUACAUGUUGCGUUUAUAUUUUUCUUCAGUGUGGCUUACAUCUUACUUGCCUUCUAGGUUCAUUUAUGUACAUUAGUAUUUCUGUCUCAAAUACUCUGCCAUGUAUUGGAAAGGGCACUUGUUAUGGGCAACAAGGCUACCCUCUUUAGAGGCUUGUUUUGUAAAUCCAUGCUCCCCUAGGGUGAGUAGGGACUGUAAUUUGACUUCAAAGAAGACAAUAAGUAAGCACAUUCAAAAUAUAUAGACUACUGCCUGGAAUUUUAAUAUCAAACUUGACCCGAAAAACAAUUUUACAAAUGUAAAAAGGAAUCCAGGCAGCACACAGGCUUGCUGUUUAACAUAGUGUGUUCUGUUGUCUACACAGUAAUAACUGAGUGGCUCGUUUCAAAUGUCUGCUAUGGUCACAUCACAUGGCUCCAACAUAAUGGAGAGUCACUAGAAACCAAACGGAAGAAAAGUAGAGAAAUGGGGAGAGACUAGACUUGCACUAAUGAAUAGCAAGGACCCAGGUUUCUUUGAUGGUUUUGUGUGGCAGUUUUGUUUCACUAACUUGGGUCAUUAAAACAUCACGAUUGGA